AUGCCUAACAGUAGCAACUUAUUUCAAUUGGCUCAAGUUGUUACAGAUUUUCCUAUGCACAGACCGCAACCGUCCUCAUCACCAUUACCUCGAUUGCGAACAAAUGACGUUCAGCAUCAACAACAACAGUAUGGUGGCCUUCUGCCUAGAAAGUAUUAUGGAGGGAGCUGUCAAUGUUCAGAAAUACAACCUAGGCGUGGAAAAAAUUUACCACAAGGGGGAUUAGACUCUAGGGCUAAGAGACUGAUGCCACAAGACAAAGACGACUAUAACUUUACGUUGAGGUGGUUAAAUGAAUUUGCUAAUGAUAUCUAUAGGGAUUCAAACCGUAAGAUUGUCAAUUUGGAUGAAUUAAUGGAAGUAUCACUAUGCAAAGCGCAUUCGAGUACACUUUAUAGAGCAAGAAAAAAAUAUGAGAGGAAUAAUCUACCACUAUCACCUGCAGAUUCAACAAAUAACAAUAGCAGCAGCAGCAGCAAUAUGGAAGAUAUAGUCAUGCGGGAUUACCAUCCUCAGCAGUAUCCUUAUUCAUCACCGCCAACAUCUUCAUCAAAUGCCUCUUCUGUGAUCUAUGAUGGUAACAGCAUGAAUCAUGUGCAAGUAGUAAGGGGAGGAGUACUUGCUGCAAAGGUUCGUGAAUUAUCGUGUCAACAACAACAACAACAACAGCAACGAGGCCGUCAGUACAACCAUAACAAAAAUAUAUCAGAUCCCGACUUGCCUGAUUUCACUAUGCUAUCAACUUCAAAUUCUUAUAAAAGGAAACGAACAAUCACAAACAAAAACAGUCUCGUCUUGAAUCAAACUCCAAAUUGCAGUAUAUCAACCCCAUUACUGUAUUCAUAUCAACAUCAACACACGCCGCAACCUUAUCAUCAUGUAUUGCACCAUGAGCCAGUUCAGCAUCAAUUGCCACCUUUGGCAAAAGUAAGCUCGCCACCACCGCCUAAUGUGUCUUCUUCAUUACAUUUGCUGGCAGGUAACUUUCAGCACUCAUUACAAGUCUCCACUCCUUCUACGACAAUCCCUGCAACCAUACAGAGUAAUAAGCCAUCUAUCAUUGUUCCUCCUCCUUCACCUUCUCUGUCUACAUACAACAUAAAAGCCUCACCGCCACCAUUGUUAUCUGCGAAUACCAUAUCAAAUGUACCGUUAUCUAAUCAAAACACCUCUGCCACUAUUAUUGAGACUGUAUCAUUGAAAGCAACGAAUAGUGAUAAUGACGUGAUUUAUUACGUAAGGAACCUGGCCAUCACAGACACUUACACUUUUAAUGAUUUACUGUGCGAAAUUGAUUUUAUUGGAUCGCCUCCACCUGGCAAAAGAAUUAUCAUUUCUUCAGAUAAGCAACAAACCAAAGUUUUCCCUUUGGGACAAGCCAUUCGAAGUGUGAUUAAGUAUCCAACAGGACCUCACAUCGAUCUUUACCUGGGAUUAGCAGAUAAAACCACCAUUGAUUGGAGCAGCUUCCAAUAG